UCCGGUCGUCGAGAGAGAGAGAGGGAGAAGAGAGAGAGAAAGAGAGAGAAAGAAUCUUCAGCGAGAGAACGGAGCGACGCUCGUGAUAACUAGGAGUUAAGAUGAAGGAUAAACAAACCAAGUGACGUGUGGCGAGACGCAAGGUGGUGUCCGGAAAGGUAGGUAUAGGAUUCAUUCGCCAUGGCCUUUCCACCCCUCGUUAGCUCCACUCCACCGCCUCUCGACAACGUCGGCGAUUACGACGACGACGAAUUCGGGGAUUUCACAGCCGGAGGUAUCGACGGCCUUUCCAUCGCCUCGGAUUCACCAGCGAAGCGAAUUACCCCAACGGCGACACCGAUACCUUCCCAAACCGUGUCUCCAAAGCUGAACGGGUUUCCUGGUGCAAAAGUGAAGCACGGUACGGAGCUUCAUUUGGAAGAUGAGAUCUUGACAGUGAAUGAAAGUGCCGAUAUUGCCGCAGCAAAUGACUCAGAGGCAAAGAAUGGGAGGCUCGGCGAGAGUGGUGAAAAUUCUAGGAGCGAAAAGGGGGAGACUGAAGAUAUCGGCGUCUUGGACAACGGAAGCGACGUGGUUCCACGGAUAAUUGACAAGAGCAAUGCUGAUCUCACGAGAAAUGGGUCGACCGAUAGCUGUGGCAGCAGCUUGGUGGAUAGCCCGAAAAGUGACAGUGAGAGGGAUGAUUUGUCAAAUAAUUUAGAAAUCAAUGAGGAUGUCGAACCUCCCAGUCUUGUCCUUGAUGAUCUGAGGUGUUUUCCGGACAUUGUGCAAAAUUUGGACGACACUUUUUGCGAGUACGGGGACUCCAAGGAUCCCUCUCAGCCCCAAAAUUUAGCCAAGGAUCAUCUAAUCACAGAGUACAAUCUGCCUGGUCUCAAUGAAGGCAUUGAAAAAUUGGAAGAACAUGUUCAAGUUGCUUGUAAAGAGAAAACUGACUACGAGGACGAUAAUUUUACUCAAUUUAUUUCAUCCGAUGAACUCCCUAGGGAAGAAAACUACUCAACUCCUGUAUCUGAAGCUGGUUUCGCCCUCUUCUCUGCAGAUACAAACACUGCUGCUACCGACAAGGAAGAGGAACAGAUCGAAGUUAGAUUUGGUGUUGGAAGUUUAGAGACUGAGGAAGAGAGAGAAGAGAGAAACGACAGAGAAACAAGGGUCGGUGAUUCGAUGGCAAAUUUAUACGCUGCGGAAAACGAGAGCGGCGUAUUAGAGGGUAGUAUACCCGAGUUAUCAUGGCCAAGCGAUAAAAUUUUGGCGAAAAGUCAUCAGAACUUUGACGAAGUGUCCACUUUUGCCAUGUAUUCUCAUUCAGAGGAUAGAACAUUAGAAGUCCAAGGUGAUUCAGUGAAUGAAAUUCUGCGGCAAAAAUUGGAGAGAGACGAGGAUGAUUUCAAGCCUGAUUUUGGAUCGGAAGAUGUGGAAACGACUCGGGAAGUCAAGACAGAUGUGCAGCUAGUCAGCAGUAACCAGGGAGACGAUGAUUUUGGGGAUUUUGACGACUUUGCCGACUUUUCAAGUGCCCCUGUACCCACAAUGGUGACUGAAGUUCCUGAGUGGAGUUCGGCUGUGGACAAACAGCCUGAGGAUGCAAAGUUCGAUGAUUUUGGUGACUUUGAGAACUUUGGCGAGUUUGAGUCUCCGACGGUUGAAUUCCAGACGCCUGAUAUUGGCUUCCGAGAAUCGAUUGCCAGGAUUGAGAACAAAAACGCGGCGAACAAGAUAGAAGAUAUAAUUACAAACAUGUUUCCGAUUGUGCCGAAAAUCGAGGAUACGGAAUUGAAUGGUCUCAUUCAAAAGUCGGAUAAGGUUUGGCAGGGUGUAAAGAGCAUCGAAGAGACCAGUGCCCUUGCUUAUCACUGGUCGAAUAGCGCUAGCAAUAAUGUUCUGCUUAGUGCGCUCGGCAUUGACUCGAGGAACAUCCUCUUUGGCCCGAGAUGGAACCACAACAUUCCAAGAUUUGCUGCCAAUCUGGGCUUCACGCCGUUGGAGCCGGUCAAAGCUUCUAGCGACGUGCAGCAGCCGUUAUCGUCGUCGAAUGGAAAGCCACAAAGUUCACCCACCUCGGAAGAAGUUCCCGCUGCCCAGUUUGACUGGAACAGUUCCGGCCUGGUGAAUCCACUGGAUGCAAGCGGAGGGCUGUCUGCCCUUCUCCCGCUGGAUUUGUUGUGCCCUUUUGAUCCCCUCCUGACGCCUCACUGCUCUAUACACUCCGAAUCCUAUCACCAUCACGCCGCUUGUACCAGGAGCUCCAUAUACUACUAUGGAACGGAUCAGGCGACGGUGCAGAAAACGAGUCAACAUCAUUCCUCUGAUCCUUUCCAUAGUCCUUUGAAGCCGUCCAAGUCGCUUCAGCAAGCUAAAAUAAUUGAACCUUUGCCUGGACCGAGCCUCACUGACUGGAACAGAAGAAUGGAAGCUGAUAGCGGUUCGAGGGCAAAGCAGGGAACGCAAAAGCCUUCGGGGAGAACAUCCGCACAGAUCAGCGCCAAGCCGUCGUUAGGACAAAGCAGCUUGUUGUCAGGAAGUAGAAGCGAGUCGACAGGGCAAGGAGAAUCUAGUAAGGUGGAAUCAUUCAAAUUAGAAAAUAGUAGAAAAUCAUUGGUGAACCGAAGAGACAAUGCAGUUCAGCAGGAGAAUAUCGUCAUGGAUAGGUUCGGCAGGCCUAUGACCGUCAGGCAAGAGACUGUUAAAGUGUUGAAGCAGCUGCCCGACCUGUCGUUCCUCAGUGCUAGAACGUUGAUGUAUAAUCCAGAGCAAAAGCAAAUCGUCCAGGAUCUCGGUGCUAUGAUUAAUCGAAAAAUGCCCGGCUGAGUAACGUCGGUCUGAACGAUAGUUUGAAAGGAAAAUGAAUAAGUAAAUAUAAAUACGAAAUUGAAAAAAAAAUAAGUCAAAAACAAACAGAGAAACACAUGCGAUUGACGAUGGAUUCGCGAAUAUGGGUAAAUAUUCACAAUGGACUUACCAUCAAUCAAUAGAAUCGAAAAAGUGUAUGCGCUCCUGCUAUCUCCUUUCAAACUUGCGUUCAGACCAAAUAAAAACUUCAAAAAAAAAAAAGACAAAACACACAUGCCUAUGGUUCUCGCUUCGUUCUUCCGUAUUAUCUAUAUGUAAGUGAGUGAUGAAGGAAAAAAAAAUUUCAUGAUAAAUACUAUAAAAAUAUACAGGAACCGUGCUGCGUAAAAACAUGGGAAAUAUUCUGUGACAUUCCGAUAUAAAAAUAAAUCUACGUUUUUUUUUUUAAUUCCUGUGAUCUUGACCUAUUGUUUUAAUAAUGUCAAUAUUGAUAAUAAUAAUCAUAAUUCGCAAGCAAUCCUACUUUGUUUACUGGUUCGAGCAAAAUUAAACGCAAGAGUUUAAUUCCGCUCUCAAUUCAUACCAUACAUUUGUUGCGUAUCAAGUAUUGUAUAGUUAUAUCAUGUACACAUUGUUGUGUGAUAAGGCGUGUUGACAGUGCUGCGAAUUAUAAAGCGUAUGAAUUGUUACUUGAGUUAUUUUGACAAGUCAAACUCAUCAGUUAUAAUAGUACUAAUUUGUAGCCGUCGAUAGAUAGAAUGAUACAGAAAUUUACAAGCUGAUUCAUGGACUUUUAGCGGUCUUAAUCUUAAUCUUAAUCAAAGAUAUCAUAGCCAUUGCCUAGUCUCUACAAUUUUCUUUUCCCCUCGAUUUCUAGCUAAGUGCUAAUUUUUCUGACAUAUCGAAUACUCGUAUGCUUCAUUUUUGUCAUUGUAACUGCUACUGGUGAAAUUGAAAAUUAGAUAGUAGUUUUAGAAACGUCAGUUUUAUAAAAAAAAAAAAAAAAAUAUUCAACAAAACCAAGCAUAAUAGCAUCGUAAAAGAAACAUUUGGAAUAAAUUUAAUAUUUUGCAUUGUUUAAGUGAAGUCGAAAUCAAUAAUAAUUCUCUUCUCCGUACAGAUAUAGAUAGUAUUUGAUAAACAUAUGGCUAAGAAUUUGCAAGUCAAUUAAAUUUUAUAUUGACUAGACGACUAUUUGUGGGUAACGGUUUAUCUUAAAUCAAGGAAAAAAGUUACGCUAAUAAAAAGCAACAAUUGAUAAAAUAUUAGGAUUUCGCAUCAUCGUGUAGCUUGAGGUUUUAUACAGAAAAGCAACUGGAAGUUAUAACAAUGUACUUAAAGAAAUAGUAAUAAUAGUAACAACGUCAUUUUCAAUUGAAGUUAGUUACAUUAACUGAAUACCUAUUAAACAUAGGGCUAUAAUCAUUAUUGAAGUUAUUCUUUAUUUAUUAACACAUAUUGUAAUAUAUAUUUUAUGUAAAAUAUUGUGGAUACAUUAUAACUAUUAAUGCAUAAAAGUAAA